AUGACGAGGACGACCAAACCGCUCAAGCCUCCAUCAUCAAGCAUCAAGCAGAAUCGGAUGUUCAGCUGUCUUGCUUACGAGGGCGAGAACGUGCAGGAAGACAAGGACGAGGACGAGCUCAGCUCAGUCCAAUUCAGUUCUCAAACCACUUGCACUGGGAACGAGAUCACCAAGAAUCACAUCAGAGCAUUAAUCUUGGUUGACGACAACAAUGCAGCGGACGACGCCGACGAUGCGCGUGCGUUCACGCUCACCUGCGAGGAGGAGGAGGAGCAGAUCAAGCACACGGACUGCUGCCGAGGCGCAAAUCCCAGCGGCAGCAGCAGCAGCAGCAGCAGCAGCAACAGUGCGGGAGAUGGUCAAGAACCAGAGGAUGCUGGUCGUCGAGUCUGA